AUGAAGACUUUCGCUUCGCUUGCUUUGUUCGCCGCUGGUGCUGUGGCCCAGGUCAUCGAGGGCUCUAGCUUCGGAUACGACAAGACGAUUUCGCCCACGCGAGACUCGAUCCCGGGAUGGAACAUUGGUGGAGAGGGCGCUGACCCUCAGAUCGUGAGUCUGCAUGUCGAACAAGAUCAUCCUGACUCCCCCUUUCCUGGAAACGUCCGCGGGUCGGCCUGGGCACAAAACCCAAUUACACAAUCCGAAUGGACGGCAGAGUUCCAAUUCCGUGGCAGUGGCCAGGAACGAUCGGGAGGUAACCUCCAACUAUGGUACACAAAGGAUGGACAGGCCCGAGUUGGCACUUCGAGCAUCUAUACCGUGGGCCAGUUUGAUGGUUUCGCUCUUGUCAUUGAUACGCAUGCAGGCAGGGGUGGCAGCAUUCGCGGAUUCUUGAACGAUGGGACAACAGACUACAAGUCCCAUCGUAGCGUCGAUAGUCUGGCUUUCGGUCACUGCGAUUACGCCUACCGUAACCUCGGUCGGCCCUCAGUUGUUAAGCUAAAACACACCAGCUCUAUCUUUGAGGUUACGGUAGACGACAAGGUCUGCUUCUCCACGAACAAGGUCUCUCUUCCAGCUGGAAACACUUUCGGCAUCACGGCCGCUACACCUGAGAACCCUGACUCUUUCGAAGUGUUCAAGUUCGUCCUCGAGUCUGCCGCUGGGCAGGGCCAGACCAUUCCCUCCCACCAAGAAAGUGCCCAGCAACAGCAGCAGCCAAUUAUCAAUCAGAACCAAAACCAGAACCCUAACCCGUCCACCGGCAACACUGUGUUGGAUAACGGAAUCGCCGCUCAAUUCGUGGACCUGAGCGGCCGUCUUCAACUUACCAACAAGGCCACCAGCAACAUUAUCCAAGACCUUAAGGCCCAGGCCUCGAAGAGCGAUGCUCGCCAAACAGAACUCCUGCAAAAGCUUGCCUCUAAGGAGCAAGUUGCUGCCCUGGACGCUCGUCUUCAACGCAUUGAGCAGCUACUUCAGAAUGUUCAGCGCGACCUCGAGGGCAAGGACUAUAGCAGCAAGUUUAACCAGCUUCACGAUACUCUGCGGUCAUCGCAUCUUAGUUUGAGCGAGAGCCUGCAGGGAAGCGUUUUGAGCGCCAUCACUGCUUCCACUCCUCGCAUGGGAUUCUUUAUCUUCCUGGUCAUUGCCUUCCAGGUCCUCCUCGCUGUCUCUUACAUCGUCUACAAGCGUCGUCGCGCGAACAUGCCGAAGAAGUUCCUCUAA